UCCCUUCAAAAAGGCUCUGUAGCUCUGCCUUCAAGCACAGUUGCAGCCACUGAGAGGAGAUGCCAUGACCUUCACCUUCACAGCCAGGCUCUGUCUUGGACUGACUCUGGGCCUCUGGAUGCCAGUGCAGACAGGGUCCCUCCCUAAGCCUAUCCUCAGAGCACACCCAGACUCUCUGGUCUCAAUGGGGACACAGGUGACCUUCUUGUGUGAAGAGACCAUCGGAGCCAAAGAGUACAUUCUCUAUAAAAAUGGAUACCUAUAUAAAAGAGUCACAAAGAACCAAAGGAAGCCAGAAAACAAGACUGGAUUCUCACUCUCAAAUGUAGACCAGCACGAUGCAGGAAAAUAUCAAUGUUUCUACAGGACCCAGGCUAAAUCAUCAGACUUCAGUGACCAUCUGGAGCUAGUGGUGACAGGAGCCUACUCGAAACCCAGACUUUCAGCCCAGACCAGCCCUGUGGCGACAUCAGGAGGGAAUGUCACACUCCAGUGUGAGUCUCGGUUGAAUUAUGACGGGUUCAUUCUUAUGGUAGAAGGACCACAGAAGCUCUCCUGGAGACAAGACUCACAGUAUAGCCUCUUUACUAGGACGUUCCAGGCCCUGUUCUCUGUGGGUCCUGUGACCCCCAACCAGAGAUGGAUAUACAGAUGCUACAGCUAUGACAAGAACAAACCACAGGUGUGGUCAGAUCCUAGUGAACCCCUGGAGGUCCUGGUCUCAGGGAAUCUCCAAAAACCAACCAUUAAGGCUGAACCAGGCUCUGUGAUCCCCUACAGAGGAGCCAUGACCAUCUGGUGUCAGGGGAACCUGGCUGCAGAAAUAUAUUUUUUGCAUAAUGAGGUAAACCACGAAACCUGGAGCACACAGACCCUACAGGAGCCUGGGAACAAGGCCAAGUUCUUUGUCCCUUCUGUAACAGAAGAGCAUGCAGGACAAUAUCGCUGUUAUUGUUACAGCUCAGCUGGUUGGGCAGAGCCCAGUGACACCCUGGAGCUGGUGGUGACAGGAAUCUAUCAGCACUAUGAACCCAGGCUGUCAGUGCUGCCCAGCCCUGUGGUGACAGUAGGAGGGAACAUGACACUCCACUGUGCCUCACAGAGUCACUAUGAUGAAUUCAUUCUCACCAAGGAAGAUCAGAAGUUCACCAGCUCACUGGUAACACAGUAUAUUCCUUCUAGUGAACAGUACCAAGCCAUGUUUGUUAUGGGACCCAUGACACCAAACCUCACAGGGACAUUCAGAUGUUAUGGUUACUUCAAGCAUGCCCCACAGUUGUGGUCAGUACCCAGUGAGCUCCAACAAAUACUUAUCUCAGGGAUGUCCAAGAAGCCCUCUCUGCUGACUCACCAAGGCCAUAUCCUGGACCCUGGAAUGAGCCUCACACUGCAGUGUUGCUCUUACAUCAACUAUGACAGAUUUGCUCUGUACAAGGUGGAGGAAUCUAACAUCAUGCAGCACCCUAGCCAGUGGACCGACACUAGCCUCUCUAUGGCCAACUUCACACUGGGCAAUGUGAGUCGCUCCACUGGAGGCCAAUACAGAUGCUAUGGUGUGCACAACCUGUCCUCUGAGUGGUCGGCCUCCAGUGAUGCCCUGGACAUCCUGAUCAGAGGACAGUUCCCUGUCACUCCUUUCCUCUCAGUGAAGCCUAACUCCACAGUACACUCAGGAGAGAAUGUGACCCUGCUGUGUUGGUCAACGUACAGAGUGGACACUUUCAUUCUGUCCAAGGAGGGAUCAGUCCAGCCACCCCUGCGACUAAAAUCAAAGUUCAAAGAUCGGCAGUUCCAGGCAGAAUUCUCCAUGAGUGCUGUGACCUCUCGUCUCUCAGGCACUUACAGGUGCUAUGGUUCUCAAGACUCGUCUCUCUACCUGUUGUCAUAUGCCAGUGCCCCUAUGGAGCUCACAGUCUCAGGACCCAUUGAAGCCUCCAGCUGGCCACCCAAAGGGCCCAUCACAGCAGCACCCCCAGAGAACCAGGAUCACACAAUGGAGAAUCUCAUCAGGAUGGGGAUUGCUGUCGUGGUCCUCAUAGCUCUUGUGAUUCUGGUCUUUGAGGCCAGAGGCAGCCAGAGACAGAGCCACUGUACAACUGGGAGAUAAUCUGAAGAGAAAAAGUUUAUCUUUCAAGGUGACACAAUCUGGGAAAUGAAUCCGAUGAUGCAAAAUUUUCUGUCAGAAAAUCCAGUACUCAUCUUGAGGAACUGUCGGGAGAUAAUGUGGUGAGAGAAAAUGUAUUUGGGGUUCAGAAAAAGGUGGGAGUUUCAUGGUGAGAUUCUUCUUCAGUAAAUCAACUACUGUCCCUCCACAUACUGGGACGUUUGCUUUCUGAACCAACAAUCUUCUCAAACUAUAAAGUGAUGGAAUAUGUUGUCCCAUGUGCCUGGAAUUUCUUUCACAUGUUUGAUUGUGAUUUCUGUAAGGGAUAUAUAUAUUCACUUCAGUUUUAACGCCUUUAUCAACUUUGUAAUAUUGGCUUUAAGGUCAUUUUAUAGUGUGUACGUGUGUGUGUGUGUGUGUGUGUGUGUGUGUGUGUGUGUGUGUGUCUGUGUGUCUGUGUGUCUGUGUGUCUGUGUGUUUGUGUCUGUGUGUGUGUGUGUCUGUGUGUGUGUCUGUGUGUGUGUCUGUGUGUGGUAUAUGUGUUUCUGUGUCUUUGUGUCUUUGUGUUAGUUAACUUCUAUUGGUUGUAUUUUAAGGCAAGUUGUUGGCCAGGGGCUUGGGAGGGGAGAGGCUUAGUUAGUAUCCCUGGAGCCAGUAGGCUUCCUGAAAUGCAUGCAGAGCAGAUGGGUGGGAAAUGGAAUAUGCAGUGAAGUUUCCUGCUCUUGGGUAAGAAUUCAGGGGAGUAGCAGUGUGAGCUUUGAUAGGGAGAGGGUUAACUGUUGUCCCUUGAGAUGGAGGAUUCCAGGGAAACAGGCCAACUUCUUGGUGAUACUGAUUGUAUAAAGGAAGAUACCAAUAAAAUGACUCCUAGAUCAAGGUCUUGCUCAGCAAUUAUCACAGAAGCUUCCUCCUGCAUAAUAUGAGAAAUUAUACAGACUCACAACUGAACGAUGUGCAGAGAAAGAUCUGACUGCACUGAAUCCUGAAUGGAAUGGCUGCCCUUUCUAGGCUCAGGGAACUUUGAGGAACAGGAGUUGGAGAGAUUGUGUGAGCCAGAGGAGAAGGAUGACACCAAGGAAACUGUGUUUCCAGACAUAAGUGUCUGAUGCAAAUAUGGACUCACAGAGACUGGCAGCAUGCACAGGGCCAGCACAGGUCUAAGUGAGAUCAUGUCCCAGUACUGAGAGACAUUGUAGACACAAGACCUCAUCUAUAAUCCAGAAGCUAUCACACACUGAUAAAUACUUUCAGAAGAAAAAUUAGUUUUUCCAAGAAAGACACACUGCUAUGAAAGCAAACUAAAGGGCAAGUCUGAGGCCCAGCAGUGUCUGGACAACACAAAAUGAACCCACUGAUAUUUUAAGCUGUCUUUGCUUACAAUGCUUGCUUUUGCUUAUAUAUAAUGAUUUCCUGUUUUGUCAUGAACUUGCAGGUAAUUCAUAGUGUAGAUGUGUAUAAAAGUUACCAAAUUACACAUCUUAAGCAUAUUCAAUUCUAUUUACAAGUGUUUCACAUACGGUUAGGAGAAAGACUUUCAUUUUCUUCUUCAAUUUUUCUGUCCGGUAUGACCAAUUAUUUUAUUUAUCUAAUGUCAUUUCAGUUUAAAUUUGAGUUUAUAUGUAAAGUACUUAAUAAAAUUUAUAUGUUACCUCCAUAACACAAACGUUCAUAAGAUUAAAAUAUGAUUAUACUGGCCACUCCAAUUUCUUCCUUUAAACAACUCCCAUAUUCUGCUUCCCCUACUCACUCUCAAAAGGAUCACUUGAUUUGGUUAUAUACAUACAUGUUAAUAUUAUGUGCAUAAAUAUGUAAACAUGUUCUGCUGAGUCCAUGUAGUGUUGUUUCUUCAUGACUUUGAGGCUCACCAUGUGACAUUGCAGGAGAAACUAGGGGCUGUCCCUAAACAAAAGUGAUUCUAACUCUCUCAGCAUUUCUUAGUUCUCUAUUGUUCAUCUAGAGCUGGUGACCUGACAGAAAUUCUCCUUCCACAUUGGUGUGUCUACUGGUGUUGUUCCUCUUCAGGUCUUCUUUAGGCAAUCAUAUUGUUGAGGUAUUACCCAAAUGGUAUCCCUGUCUUUGCUAGGAGACAAAAUCUUCCACAAGAUUUCCAGGUCUUAUGGCACUUAGUCUUUCUGCUCCUUCUUCUGCAACGUUUCCUGAGCCUUAGGUGCAGGAAUUGCCUUGUGGAUAUAUCAGCUGGGGCUAAGAACUGCCCAGUUAGGUGUUCUCUGUUAUUUCACAAAUUGUGGUUUUCUGUAAUGGACUCUGUCUCAUAGAAGAGAUGAUGUGUUCUGAGGUGUUAGAGCUACACUUACAUAUUAAUUUUCCAUAGUCUUAGAUUGAAAAAUAAACCAAUGAAAUACAUUACACAGUUUACUAGGUUCAUAGUAAAUAUGUUUCCUGCAGUGGUAAGACCAUCAAUUACUUGUACAAUAAUAACAUAUUUGAAAAAUUACAGGUCUAACCAUUCAGCAUUGGACAUUCCAAGAAUGGGCUUAUACCUGUGAUGGAGGAAUACCCUUUCUUCUAAUGGUCACUAUUUUCCUGUAGUUCUCUGUCUAGAGAUGGGACCCUUGGAAAUAUUGCCAUUCCUCAGUAAGAUAUUCACCUGUACUGCAUUGUUUAGAUUCUGUUUAUUUCUCAAAAAUAUUAAAAAGUCAUUUCUUUGACAAUUUCUACAAAAAGA